UUGGUCGAGGAAAAAUGUUACGUAUGAUUUUCAUAGUCUUUGCUGUUACGAUUGCUCCACUGGUAGCACAAAAGAAUCCACAUUAUGUUCAAAACAGCACCACCAUGGUGCAUCUUUUUGAGUGGAAGUGGAAUGAGAUUGCUGAUGAGUGCGAAAGAUUUUUGGGACCGAUGGGCUACGGUGGAGUCCAGGUAUCACCAAUAACGGAAAACGUUAAAAUUAAAUAUCGACCUUGGUACGAACGCUAUCAACCCAUAUCUUACAAGUUGGAAACUCGAUCGGGUACCGAAAAGGAGUUUCGUUCAAUGGUUAGACGUUGCAACAACGCGGGCGUGCGAAUCUACGUCGACAUUCUGCUGAACCAUAUGACCGGUAACCAUAAGAAUGCCGUCGGUACCAACGAUUCAACGGCUGACCCCUUCAACUUGGAUUACCCAGAAGUGCCUUACAAAAAGGAACACUUUCACCCCAUUUGCCAAAUUACGAAUUAUCAGGAUCUGUAUAACGUUAGAAAUUGCGAACUUGUCGGUCUUCACGAUUUAGACCAAAGUCAAGAAUACGUAAGAAGAAAGGCCGUGCAAUUGAUGAACAAAAUUAUCGAUAUGGGUGUUGCUGGUUUCCGCAUUGACGCUGCGAAGCACAUGUGGCCGCAAGACCUCGCAGCAAUCUAUUCGCAACUCGAUAAUCUCAGGAUAGACCAUGGUUUUGCUCCAAAUGCUAAACCCUUCAUCUAUCAAGAAGUUAUCGAUUACGGGAAUGGGGAAGCCGUGAGCAAAAAAGAGUACAACCAAAUCGGAGUUGUCAUGGAAUUCAAAUUCGGCCAGGAGAUUAGCAACGCGAUCCGUAGGCGAAAUCCACUGAAGUGGUUCUACAAUUGGGGCGAAGCAUGGAGUCUUUUGCCUUCUACCGAUGCACUGACGUUCAUUGAUAACCACGACAGCCAACGAAAUGGCGGUGAUAAUCCUCUGAAGUAUAAGGAUUCGAAACUCUACAAGAUGGCUAUCGCAUUCAUGCUUGCCCAUCCCUAUGGACUACCGCAAGUUAUAAGUUCGUUCGACUUUGUCAGCUUCGAUCAGGGUCCACCGACAGAUCAAAACGAGAACAUCGUUUCGCCUCUGAUCAGGGCUGAUAACACUUGCGGUAACGGCUGGGUCUGCGAGCACCGCUGGCGUCAGAUUUACAACAUGGUUCGCUUCAGAAAUUACGUUGCCACCACGAAAUUAGGCAACUGGUGGGAUAAUGGCAAUUACCAAAUUGCAUUCUGUCGAGGUGAUCGAGGAUUCUUUGCCAUGAAUGACGACAUUGUGGAUCUGAAACGCAAACUCCAAGUGUGCUUACCUGCUGGAACUUACUGUGAUGUUAUAACUGGUGAUUUCAUCGAUGGAAAUUGUACGGGCAAGUCUGUUAAAGUUGAUAAAAAUGGAGAAGCUGUUAUUGAAAUUCGUACCGACGAAAAUGAUGGAGUUUUAGCUAUUCAUGCAGGCGCCAAAGUUGCGUAAAAUAGUUCUAUUCUAUGGGAACCUUCAUUGAUCACCUAAACUUUUUCAUCUAUCCGAUGGAAUGAAGAUAUUUUCUUUGAAAUUAUUGUGUUUGAGUUUUUAUGGAUAGUUUUAUUAUGUUUUUUAUGGUCUUCGUUGACGUUAAUAUUAGUAAAAUAAUUUUUUUAAUAAAUAAUUUAAAAAAUAUAACCUAAUCAUUUUUAAACAAUGUCACAAUCAUAAAUUGUUUCAAUAAUAUGUUAUCAAUCAAAAUAUUGAGAUUUAUCAGUAGGUAGGUCAUUAUCCAGCAAAGUACUUGACGUAU